AUGGGUGAUUUAGCGAAGCAGAUACUGACUCGACCGAUUCAACUCGCAGACCAAGUAGUUAAAGCCGGAGACGAAGCAACAAUCAACAAGCAAGAAUGUGCAGAAAUCAAAUCAAAAACGGAGAAACUCGCUGCUCUUCUCCGUCAAGCGGCGCGUGCGAGCUCCGAUCUAUACGAACGUCCCACGCGCCGUAUCAUCGACGACACUGAAAAUGUUUUAGAGAAAGCAUUGACCAUGGUCCAACGUUGCCGUGACGAUGGCUACAUAAUGCGACUCUUCAACAUAAUCCCCGCCGCAGCAUUCCGUAAAAUGAUCUCUCAGUUAGAAAACUCCGUGGGAGACGUCUCUUGGCUCCUCCGUGUCUCAACUCCCGCAGGUAACGACGACGACGAAGGCUUCGGUUACUUAGGUCUCCCACCAAUCGCAGCGAACGAACCGAUCCUAUGCCUAAUAUGGGAACAUAUCGCGGUCUUAAUGACCGGCACGCCGGAUGAUAAAUCCGACGCAGCCGCGUCAUUAGCUUCUUUAGCUAGAGACAACGAUCGAUACGUGAAACUGAUAGUCGAAGAAGGUGGAGUCAACCCAUUGCUAAAACUUGUGAAAGAAGGCAAAAUCGACGGUCAAGAAAACGCGGCGAGAACAAUCGGGUUAUUGGGUCGUGACCCGGAAUGUGUUGAGCAUAUGAUUCAGUUAGGCGUGUGCACAUCGCUUGCGAAUAUUCUUAAAGAAGGUUCGAUGAAAGUUCAAGCCGUCGUUGCUUGGGCUGUUUCAGAGCUUGUCUCUGGUAAUCACGCCAAAUGUCAAGAGCUUUUCGCUCAGAACAAUGUGAUUAGGCUACUCGUGAGCCAUUUAGCGUUUGAAACGGUUCAAGAACAUAGCAAAUACGCGGUUGUUGCGGGUCGAGCUACUUCGAUGCAUCACGCCGUUGUUAUGGCGGCGAGUAAGAUCGGAGGAAGUAGAGAUAAUUUGCCGGCGUUGCACGAGGAUGAUGAUGAUAAUAAUCAGAUCGGGAUUCCGAAUCCUAUGACGAAUCAGAUGCAUAGCAUUGUCGCGACUACGAUGGCGAUGAAACCGAUCGGAUCUGGAUCUGGAUCCAAAAACCGAUUUCUUACCGGAGAUGACGAGAGACCGCCGGAGAAGCUACCGGAGAAGAGCUAUAGCUUGAGUUCAUCACAUAGUGGAAUCGCGAAGCAUCAAUCGCGAAACGCAUCGGUUACUAGAGGGAGAGAGCUUGAAGAUCCGGUGACGAAGACUUACAUGAAAGCAAUGGCGGCGAGAGCGUUAUGGAAACUCGCUGUAGGAAACGCAUCGAUCUGCCGAGUCAUCACCGAGUCACGAGCUUUACUCUGUUUCGCGGUUUUGCUAGAGAAAGGAGACGCGGAGACCAAGUACAACACAGCCAUGGCGAUAAUGGAGAUAACCGCAGUCGCCGAAGAAAACGCAGAUCUGAGAAGAUCCGCGUUUAGACGAACUUCACCAGCGUGUAAAGCGGUGGUUGAUCAGUUAUUCCGAAUCGUUGAAAACGCAGACGCAGGUUCCGAUUUGCUUAUUCCUUGCGUUCGAUCAAUCGGAAACCUAGCACGAACCUUCAAAUCAGCAGAAACGCAUUUAAUCGUUCCUUUGAUUAAACUCUUAGACGACGGAGAACCAGAUUUAGCGGCGGAAGCAGCGAUUGCGUUGGCGAAAUUCGCGACGGAGGAUAAUUUCUUAGGGAAAGAUCAUUCGAGGACGAUAAUCAACGGCGGAGGAACGAAGCUAUUGGUGCAGUUAGCUUACUUUGGAGAGAACGGAGCUCAGAUUCCGGCGAUGGUUUUGUUGAGUUAUGUGGCAAUGAAUGUACCUGAUAGUGAGCAAUUAGCGAAUGAUGAAGUGUUGAUGGUUUUGGAAUGGGCAUCGAAGCAAACGAAUGUGAUUGAAGAAGAUGAAGAUAUGGAAGCUUUGUUGUAUGAAGCUAAGAGUAGACUUGAGCUUUAUCAGUCAAGAGGAUCAAGAGGCUUUCAUGUUUGA